CUCCCAGCCGAGCAGAGCCAGCGGCCCGAGCCGAAUCCCCUGCGCCGCUCUCGGAUCCCCCUCCAGCCGCUGCUCGGUUCUGUGCGGGGUUGCUGCGCUUGGCGCGGGAGCCGCAGCCGCUGCCGCCGCUGUCCGACGUGUCACUGCGAGGGCCCCGCCCCCGGGGUGGGGUCUAAGGUUCUAGCUACCGGAGAGGGAGGAGAAGGGGGAGGUUAAAGGGGAAGGACCCCCGGAAGUGCCCCCUCCUCAGUGCGAGAGAGGGAGACGCCGGGGCGGAGUCUCCUGCCUCCCCCUGGCGUGGUUGGUGCGUCCCGUGUGACGUCAGAAGCAGCCCGCCCCUGCCUGGAUGGCCCAGUCCGAGUCCCCCGACGCAGCGGGACUGGAGUGCCAGCCAGUGUUGGAGGUGGAGCGGCGCCGCCGCCGCGCAGAGACUGUUCUCUCCGGCCCAGCGGCCCCCUUCCCCACACGGCGGACUUUCCGCGGACCCCAGUCACUUGGAGCCUCUGGAGCCCCAAAACCCCAGCCCAUCCGGCCCCUGCACAGCCUCUUUCGCUCAGAAGCUCAGGUCGCCUCCAGCCCAGCACUAUGCCGGGCACUGUGGCAACACUGCGGUUCCAACUGCUGCCCCCUGAGCCAGAUGACACCUUCUGGGGUGCACCUUGUGAACAGCCCCUGGAGCGCAGGUACCAGGCACUGCCGGCGCUCGUCUGCAUCAUGUGCUGUUUGUUUGGAGUCGUCUACUGCUUCUUUGGUUACCGCUGCUUCAAGGCAGUGCUCUUCCUCACUGGGUUGCUGUUUGGCUCAGUGGUCAUCUUCCUCCUGUGCUACCGAGAGCGGGUGCUGGAGACACAGCUGAGUGCUGGGGCGAGCGCGGGCAUUGCGCUGGGCAUCGGGCUGCUCUGCGGACUGGUGGCCAUGCUGGUGCGCAGCGUGGGCCUCUUCCUGGUGGGGCUGCUGCUCGGGCUGCUGCUCGCCGCUGCGGCCCUACUGGGCUCCGCACCCUACUACCAGCCAGGCUCUGUGUGGGGUCCUCUGGGGCUGCUGCUGGGGGGCGGCCUGCUCUGUGCCCUGCUCACUCUGCGCUGGCCCCGCCCACUCACCACCCUGGCCACCGCCGUGACUGGUGCUGCGCUCAUCGCCACCGCCGCAGACUACUUUGCCGAGCUGCUACUGCUGGGGCGCUACGUGGUGGAGCGUCUACGAGCUGCCCCCGUGCCCGCCCUCUGCUGGCGGAGCUGGGCCCUGCUGGCACUCUGGCCCCUGCUCAGCCUGAUGGGUGUUCUGGUGCAGUGGCGGGUGACCGCCGAGGGGGACUCCCACACAGAAGUGGUCAUCAGCCGGCAGCGACGACGUGUACAGUUGAUGCGGAUUCGGCAGCAGGAAGAGCGCAAGGAGAAACGGCGGAAAAAGAGACCCCCUCGGGCUCCCCCCAGAGGUCCCCGGGCUCCUCCAAGGCCCGGGCCCCCUGACCCUGCUUAUCGGCGCAGGCCAGUGCCCAUCAAACGCUUCAAUGGGGAUGUCCUCUCACCGAGCUACAUCCAGAGCUUCCGAGACCGGCAGACGGGCAGCUCACUGAGCUCCUUCAUGGCCUCGCCCACAGACGCGGACUAUGAGUACGGGUCCCGGGGGCCACUGACAGCCUGCUCAGGCCCCCCUGUGCGGGUAUAGCAGUAUCCCUGCCUAUCUAGACUCUGCAGUCACCAGCUCUGCCAGCUUGGGGAGGCCUGCCAGGCCACCACCCAGCCCCCUGGCCCUGCAGCCUUUGGCUGUCCCUCUCCCUUCCCUGGAGAGGGCUGGCCUGGCCACUAGAGGGAGGAUCUGUCUCAGGCUAGGCCUGGCCUGAGGGGAAAGCCCCCCUCCCAAGCUCCGAAGGGGCUCCUGAGGGACUUGGGGUAUAAGCCCCAUUGGAGUGUGCUCAGGGUUGUGAGUAUGUUGCCUGUGUGUUCGUGUGUGUGUUGGGGGGUAGGCUUGGAGGGGACACUGGGACCCUUGCCUUAGAUUUCUGAUUGGUAGGGCUUCUCCAGGGUUGGCCCCACCUCCUCUCCCACUGCUGGGGUCCCAUGGGCCACUCCCCUGCAUGUCUAAGUGGAGAAGGUCUGCUUUCCUCUCCCAUCGCUCCACCUCCCAACCAGACUCAUCUAAGGGUUCUUGUCCUAGUCCUUGGGGCAAACUGCAGCACCCCUCAGCCUGGUCCCCUGGCCUCUGCAAAGCCACCAGCCUGAGGGCAGAGGCAGGGGAUAGGGGUGGGGGGUUCUGCUCUGGGCUGGGUUGGGGAGGGGGUUGGGGGGGCGUAAAUGCACGGUGCAUGUCUGGUGUCUGUCAUGCCACUCUGGACACCUCAUGCUUCUGUCUCCCCCAACCCCACUCUCUGUUUUACAUCUUUUAUAAAUGUGCCAAACUGCAUGGCCUCUGCCAGGAA